GAGUAGGCUUCCGAGGCAGCGCGAAAAGGGAGCAGUCAAUGCCAACCUCAAAAGCAAUAUGGAUGAAUGGCCACCUAAGUGGAAUUGGUGAUGUCGCAGUGAGAAUGCCACCACCGCACAUAUCUCGUCUUCUUUGUCUCUUUCUUUUUCUCGGCAAUCUUUGGGAAGGACUUGCUAAAUCCAUUCCGGACCAGGGAGCACUUGAGGUGCUCAUCAGAGUCCAGGUGUUUGACAACAGUGACCUUUCACCUCUGGCAGAGGCUGCAGUGGAGGUUUAUGGGAACCAGUCUACCUUGGCAUCCAGCAAGGCUGGCAAAGAUGGCGUCGUCAUGGUCACCUUCCUGUACCGCCCUGGCACCUGGGUCAUUGUCAUGGCAACAAAACAGGGCUUUGUCACUAACUCCGCCCCCUGGCAUGCCAGCCGCAUCCCCUUGUAUGCUUCAGUCAGCCUCUACCUGCUCCCCCAGCGGCCUGCCACCCUGAUCCUGUAUGAUGAUGUAGUCCAGGUGCUGCUAGGAUCCCCAGGAGUCAAAAACCAGCCAUGGAUACAGCUCCAGAGGAAAGCAGUCACUCUGGCUCUUAACUCUACCAACCCAGAGCUCUCUGCUGUGCUGACCUCCGCACAGAGUCAGUAUGAGAUAGGAGGUUUCCCCUACCCAUUGGGCCUGGAGAGCAAUGCCACCGGGGCUAACAGUAGCUGGGUGGGGCUGACGGCGGUGGCGGCGGUCAAUGCCCAGCUCUUCAGUCGUAACGGGACCAGUGUUCAGGUGUGGGACCCCGUCCAUAUCUGCAUCCCCCUGCCCUUAGACACACCCCUGCAGACAGCCACCAGUGUCCCCGUGUGGAGGUUCGACGACAAGACAGGACUCUGGGUCAGGAAAGGAACCGGAUACAUCAAGAAAGAAGGAGCACAGCUGACAUGGAGUUUUGUGGCCAACCAGCUAGGAUACUGGCUGGCUGCCUUUCCCUCAAACACAGGCUCAGCUUUGAACCCCAUGGGCCUGCGAGACAUCACCACCUACCAUACCAUCUUCCUCCUAACCAUCCUGGGCUCCAUGGCUCUGCUGGUGCUGGUGCUGCUCUGUCUGCUGCUCUAUUACUGCAGGCGGAGAUGUCUGAAACCACGGCAGCAGUACCGUCAUGGCAAGAUGCAUGUCUCCUCCGGCAUGGACGGCUCCAAAAGAGAUCAAUGCACCUCUAUGUCCCACCUCAACCUCAUCAGCUCAGGCCACAUCCACAUCGACACAGCUUCCUCCACCGGGGGUGACCCAGACGCCCUCAAAUCAGACCUGUCCUCCACCCGGGAUCUCCACAGCUCCAGGGAGGAUUUCUUCCGGCACACGCCCCCAGGAAAGGCCCAGCGCCACUCCACGGUGAACACGGACAGUAUCACCAGACGUGGCGGUGGGGAGAGUUUUCCCAUGAAGGUGACAACACGCUCUACUAACACUAACAACUUGGAUCCUCAGCUGCUGCUCCGCAACGACACCCGCAGCUUCAGCUCAGCGGAGGAUAAUACCCAUGAUCCUCGACGUCGCCACAAUCACAACGCCAAUGACAACCAAGCUUACUCCUCAGAUCCACCAUCUCCACCACCUUUACUGCCUCCCUUCGCCGGGCACUACCAGGAGUACUCUGGCCUGCCCCCGGAGUACUCAGCGUCCCAGACCGGGGACCUCUUAGCCAGGCCCAACUCUCUAAACACCCAGCCCGGCCAGCUCAUCUUCUGCCACUCCAUGGACCAGAUGAAGGAGAGCAUGUACCGGAGUGUGGUGCCCACGCUGGUCAUCCCGGCCCACUACAUGCGCCUGUCGUCGGACCUGUCGGCUGUGGAGCAGGCCUUGGAGAGGCAGCAACAGAUGCAGCAUGACAUGGAGGGAAUCCAGGUUAGCAUGACUCUGCCCAGGCAGCAGGGACAGGUACACCAGAAUCAGCAGCAGAAACCACAGAACCAGCAACAACAGAAUCAUCAACAGGAGGAUGAGGAAGGGGAAGAACCAGGCCAGCAGAGGGAGGACUCAGAGGGACACUCCAACUGGGCCUCGGACCCUAACGCGGCUCCAGUCCACAUCCCGGUCCUGUUCAACGACAACACCAUAUCUCAGAUGAACGGAGAGCUGCAGGCGCUGACGGAGAAGAAGCUUCUGGAGCUGGGGGUGAAACCGCACCCCCGGGCCUGGUUCGUCUCCCUGGACGGUCGCUCCAACUCCCUGGUUCGCCACUCCUACAUCGAGCUGGGGGGAGACACUCUCAGCAUCCCUGGAGGAGGGGGAGGUGGAGGAGCCACGGGGAGUCAUCAUGACAACAGAGUAGACGUCGCUCGCGAAGCCAACAUAAAGCAGCGGAAGGGAAAGGAGGAGAGGAAGGCCAAGGAAGCUAAGGAAGCAAAGGAGGCUGCAGCUGCGGUUGAGAGGAAGGGUCACGCAGGGAAGACCUAUACUAAACUCCCCUGCAUCGACACCACGGACCCCCCCAGCAGCAGCAGCGAGAGCCACGCUGCCAUGUACUCUCCAGAGGACAAUUCUCUGGCACCGCUGCUGGAUGAGGCCCCAGAGACGACCCCCCGUGGGGGCACGUUCCCCCGGAAGGGCCGCAGCCGGGAUAACAGCGCCCGGACCAGUACCACCACUACCACCAGCGAGGUGACACACAGGGACUCAGCCACCAGCCCCGAGGAUGGGGAGGAUGCCGACGAUAAAGACGAGGAGGGGAACAAGAAGAGUCCCUGGCAGAAGCGCGAGGAGAGACCCCUCAUGGUGUGGAAGUAAGAUAUACCUAGGGCUCUCAGGGAACAUUGAGCUACAAGAGAACAGGGGGAGAAGAACCACUGUGUCAAUGAACGCCUAAUUUCUGACUGUGUCCCUUGUAGAUUCUCUACAGAAAGAAGAGCAGAGAAUAUGAGAGGUCUGUCUUGGAGAACAAAGAGAAAGACGUGUGUGAAAGAGAUUAUGAAGUGAGAAUGGAAAUCAAACAAAGAAGCACAAUUGUCACAUGAGUCGAGAAAGGACCAGGUGUUUUGAAGUCCCACAUUUGCUUGUAGUCAUCACUGAGAUCAGUAGCUAUAUCUGCAUCUCGAUCAGUAGCUAUAUCUACAUCUCCAAAAACAUCACUGAGAUCAGUAGCUAUAUCUGCAUCUCGAUCAGUAGCUAUAUCUACAUCUCCAAAAACAUCACUGAGAUCAGUAGCUAUAUCUGCAUCUCGAUCAGUAGCUAUAUCUACAUCUCCAAAAACAUCACUGAGAUCAGUAGCUAUAUCUGCAUCUCGAUCAGUAGCUAUAUCUACAUCUCCAAAAACAUCACUGAGAUCGGUAGCUAUAUCCCUAUCUCUAGAAGUUUCACAUGGCUGUGGAUUUAUUUAUUUUUUAAAUCAUGAUCCCUAAGCAUGUGGAUGGGAACAUAUGGGAGAGGGAACAAAUGGGAGAGUUCCUCUGACUGGUUGGUAUUCUGAGAUUCUUGAGAAAUGCUCAACAAUGUUUUUCUCCACUGUGCUGUUAGUAGAAUUCCUUGGAAAUGUUACCUAUCCGAUUUUGCUGUUACCUUAGCAUUAACCUCAAGUCAUUUUUACAGACCUUUUGGGAGGCGUCAGCUGGCCAAACAGAAACUUUUGAUUCCUAUGGAAAACCAAGACUGUCGGCCAGAAUUGGAAUGAAUUCGUUUUUUUUUUUUUACUCUUUAAUCUUGUUUUUCUAACAGAUUAGAUGGCCUUCUUUUUAUGACUGAGUGGUACUUAAUGUCAUUGAGGAGACAGAUCAAUGUAUUAAACAUUGGAAAAAAGGUUGCUGUUGUGAUUGUGAAAUCCUAAUAAGUAAGUCCUAAAACCCAGGGUUUACAACAAUGUUGUUAUUUCAUUUUGUACUCUAAAAUUUUCCUUGGAGAUAAUGGCAGAAAACCACCUCCACGUUACUAUCACUGAAACCUGGAGAAUAAUGCAAACCGUUUUGCGUUGCCAUUUUCCUUACUGACAGAAAAUGUUAGUCGUGUUUUUUUCUUGCUUUUACUAACCUGCUGACCUGGUGACUUGUAACAUUAAAAUCUAUGGAAGCAUG